AUGAAGACAAGCCAUUUUGGUAUACUUUUUAUCUUGGUCCUGUUAGUCAUUUGUCAGGCGUCCAAUGGAAUGAAUGAGGACGGAGAAAAAGCUGCAAAUGGUGGAGAAAAUGCCAAUGUGAAAAAUGAACUGGGUGCUGUAACAAUAGAAAUUCUGCCAGCUGAUGAUAAUAACGAUGAUAUCGAGUUAACUAGUUAUUUAUUAGAUGAGCUAAUGAGUGCCAGUGAUAAUAAUAGUCAUUUGUAA